UAUUAGAUCAAAAAUGCAACAAAAAAGAGAUAACACACAUUUGCACACCAACCUUUCUCUCAUUUCAAAAGAUGGCCGGAACAUUAAGUCUCUGGAGGAGAGAGGCCGUGUUCUUGACGGCGAUGCUGGCUGUCGAAACCGGCUUGGUCGGAAUAAGUACUCUCUUUAAAGUUGCAACUUCAAAGGGACUUAAUCUUUAUGCUUUCCUCGGCUACUCUUAUCUUCUUGCUUCUCUUCUUCUUCUUCCUUCUUUUGUCUUCUCCAAAAGGUCAUCAAGAUCACUUCCUCCACUAACUUUCUCAAUACUUAGUAAAAUAGGACUUCUUGGAUUGCUAGGAUCAAUGUAUGUGAUCACCGGAUAUAUAGGCAUCAAAUACAGCAACCCAACCUUAGCUUCUGCCAUUAGCAAUAUCACUCCUGCUCUUACCUUCAUCCUCGCUGUUAUCUUCAGAAUGGAAAAAGUAUCAUUCAAAGAAAAAAGCAGUGUAGCCAAAGUGAUGGGAACGUUAUUGUCAUUACUAGGCGCACUUGUGGUGGUUCUCUACCACGGUCCACCUGUCUUUGUGGCAUCUUCGUUGCCGUAUGUGAAGUUUGGUCAGCUUUCUCCAUCGUUGUUGUCGUCUUCAAACUCUGAUUGGCUUAUUGGAGGAGCUCUUCUAACUAUAAGAGACAUCUUCGUUUCUGUUUCUUUCAUUCUUCAGGCAAAAAUUAUGAGUGAAUAUCCAGCAGCAUUUAGAGUCUCCUUUCUCUACACUGUAUGUGUUUCCGUCGUGACCACGAUGAUUGGACUAGUAGUCGAAAAAAACAAUCCAAGUGUUUGGAUCAUUCGAUUCGAUAUUACUUUGAUAACAAUUGUAACUAUGGCUAUAAUAACUUCAGUAUAUUAUGUGAUUCAUUCAUGGACAGUACGUCACAAAGGACCUUUGUACUUAGCGAUAUUUAAGCCUUUGUCGAUCUUAAUCGCAGUGGUUAUGAGCGCGGUUUUUCUCAAUGAUUCUCUCUAUCUUGGAUGUUUGAUCGGAGGAGUUUUGAUAACAAUGGGGUUUUACGCUGUGAUGUGGGGCAAAGCAAACGAAGACAAGGAUCAGUUGUUUUUAGUUUCGGAAAAGGAGAAGACCACUCCUCUAUUGGAUGGAUACACUGACCAAAUUUGAAACUAUAAUGAAACUAGAUCCAAGAAGAGAUUUACUUGUAACUCUUAGUUACACUUUUGGGUAAUGUGUAAAUGCAUUCUAUUAUUGAAUUACGUAUUGCUAACUCCUCUCA